ACUGUUGUUUCAUAAAGAUUUCUGCUUCAAUUUAUUAGUGAUCUGCUUCAAUAUAUUAGUGAUUUUGGAGUUUUUUUUCUCCAUGAUGGCAUUGCAAAAGAUGAUCAACCCUUUGACUCUGUCUUGUGGGAGUGUUUUACAGCAUUUAAAAACAAAUUCUCGGACAUGUGUAAGACAUUUCAGUCGCUCAUCCAUUGCCUCUGCGGACUUCAACUGGAGAGAUGCUCUCAACCUUGACGGGAUGCUGACUGAGGAAGAGAUUAUGGUCAGAGAUCAGUUCAGGAACUACUGCAACGAUAAACUGAUGCCAAGGAUCAUUCAGGCAAACAGAAAUGAGGUGUUCCACAGGGAAAUCAUUCCUGAGAUGGGUGAAUUGGGUGUCCUCGGCCCAACUAUCAAGGGAUAUGGAUGUGCUGGUGUUUCGUCAGUUGCAUAUGGGCUUAUUGCAAAAGAACUUGAAGGAGUAGACAGUGGUUAUCGUUCUGCCAUGAGUGUGCAGUCAUCCCUUGUCAUGCAUCCAAUCUAUGACUAUGGAAAUGACGAACAGAAAGACAGAUUUCUACCAAGACUUGCCAAAGGAGAACUUAUCGGAUGUUUUGGUCUGACAGAACCGGACCAUGGUAGUGAUCCGGCUGGAAUGGAAACAAGAGCUAAAUAUAAUUCUUCCAAUAAAACGUACAUGCUCAAUGGAUCUAAGUCAUGGAUCACAAAUUCACCCAUAGCUGAUGUUUUCAUAGUAUGGGCAAAAUCCGACGCAGACAACAACAGGAUUAGAGGUUUUAUUCUUGAGCGUGGUAUGAAGGGUCUCUCUUCGCCUACAAUUGAGGGGAAGUUCUCACUGAGAGCGAGUACCACUGGUCAGAUUGUAAUGGAGGAUGUGGAGGUACCAGAGGAGAACCUGCUGCCUGGAGGCAGGGGCUUAGGGGGUCCUUUUGGUUGUUUGAAUAAUGCUCGAUACGGCAUUGCGUGGGGAACACUAGGUGCAGCCCAGUCUUGUUUCGAUGUUUCCCGCCAGUAUGUCUUGGACAGGAUCCAGUUCAAACGACCUCUUGCGAAGAAUCAGUUGAUCCAGAAAAAGUUGGCUGAUAUGAUGACAGAGAUCUCGAUCGCUCAACAAGCUUGCAUCAGGGUAGGAAGAUUAAAGGAUGAAGGAAAAGCCACACCGGAAAUGAUCUCAAUGAUAAAGCGUAACUCGUGUGGCAAGUCUCUUGAUAUCGCACGGUUAGCUCGGGAUAUGCUCGGAGGGAACGGCAUCUCUGACGAAUACCAUGUGAUCAGACAUGUGAUGAACUUGGAAGCAGUAAACACUUACGAAGGUACCCAUGAUAUACAUGCACUUAUCUUAGGACGUGCUAUAACUGGUAUCCAGGCAUUUACAGCGGACAACUGAACAACUAGGACUAAUUGCUUGCAAAAGACAAAGAAAAAAAGAACAUUAUGAUCUUCCUGUGAUAAAAAUAAAAUGUGUGAAGGUACGAUCUUGUGAACAGUGAAUCAGAACCAUUUUCCGCUUUGCUCUUUGAUUGAUGAAGGUACAAUUACAUGUGCACAGUCAAGGAGAAAGUAGAAAGUGUUUGUGUAUCAACAUGUAUGUUCAUGUAUUGUUGGCAGCUAUAGAUUGAGAUAUGGACACAGGAGAUCCUUUUUGUGGCUGGUCAGCUUGGAAAGAAGCUUCAACUCCCCACAUAAAACCUGUUUGUCCAUAUCAUGGUAUGGAUCAUUUUGGCUCGGUGUAUUGAGUGUAAAUAUGUGUGAGGAAUAAACCAGUUUUAUUCAGAAAA